CUUCAGCUUCAACACCAACUUCAAAUCCAACUUCAACUUCAUUCCUUCUACAGACUUUCCAGCAGAUCUGCAAUAAAAUAAAACUACCAAAUCGACUCCUCUCGAGACUACAAUCAAAUCUUCGCUAAUAUGCACGCCAUUGCCAUCUCAACCUUUGCCGCUGCCCUUAUGGGUACUGUUGUUACUGCUCAGACAACUACUGUAACAGAUUUGUUCCUUGUUGGAUUCGACUAUGGUUACAACAGUUCUGAACAAGCUCCAUACGUUGGUUCUGUUAUUGCUUCCGACGCUACUGCUACCACCUACUCCAUUGCCUGUGGUUCUAAAACCGCUGCUCCAGCUACCACUUCUUCCUACUACGACGACAGCUACGAUUGUGGUGUUCCUCCUAACUUCACCUUUACGCAAGGCCCUUCAACAAUCGCUUAUACCUACACAAUUGGCGAUGCCGAAGACUUUGCCGUCACGGACAGUGCUUCCGGCUCAUCAUACCCAACCGGUGAAGCUACAAUGACACUUGGCUGCGUCCUCUCCGGUAGUUCUACUGGAGUCUGUAGCUACACCGAACUUGAAGCCGCAGCAUCAACAACCUUUUCCUCCGUCGAUACUACAACCAUCAGUAGCACCGAGUACGCCGAUAUUUUUACCGCUGUUCCCGUCACCAUCACCGCUGGUCCAGCAACCACUACCGGCUCCGCAUCUGGUGCCUCCGCUUCUGCUUCGAAAUCUGCUGCAGGAUCUGCCGCGGGAUCUGCUUCGGGAUCUGCUAUUUCUACCGGAGGUAUGCCUAUGAUUACCGCCAAGGCACAAUGGGUUGUUGGUGGUGCUGCUGCUGCCAUGGUUAUGGCUGCUUUGUGAUUGUUGUGAUUACUAGGCACUGAUCACGGUAGUAUGAGAGAAUUCGAAUGUAAAAUAAUUGAAUGUAUUAUGCGCCCAUGGUGUAAUGGUUGAUUUGGAGAUUCAUGUGCAUAUAUACCUUCUAGGGAGAUGGAGUUAUCUUUUAAAAAAAUACUGGUAGCAUGAUAUCAUGAUUCUAUAGCGUUAAGUAAUGAAAAUAAAUAUUAAUACAUUUUAUAAUU